GUUACGUUGACAAGUAAUUUGUUUUUACUGUAUCGGUUGGCUUGAUUUCAAUUUGUGGAAAAUUACAAAUUUAAUUCAAAUAAUCAAAAAUACCUAAAAAGGAGCAUUAUAGCAUUAUGAAAACUUCACCACAGAAACGAAAGCAACAAGAACAAUCUAGUGAAGUUCAGUCGAUGACAAGGAGAAGAUUGAGGAUGACCACUGAGCAAUCCUCGCAGAACCAAGAAGUUGAUGACAUUGAUGAAGAUUACGAAGAAGAGGAGGACGAGGAAGAGGCUGCUCCAGCAGCGCUUCCAUCAACACGUCCAACCAGGGGACGCCCAAGGAAACUACCCACUACCCAAGCAAUGAAAAACUAUUCAACACCUAUAGCCCAUACGACACCUAACAAAAAACGUAAAAAGGAACGCGAAUUGACAACUGGUCAUAACAAAAUACAGGCAGAAAGCUUUGUAAUGAAACUAUUCGAUCGUACCCUAGAUCUUUCGAAAUACACCGAGCAGACUCCUUUAUAUCCCAUAUGUAGAGCGUGGAUGGCCAAUCAACCGCGUAAUCCCAGCAUUCGUAGUUAUCGUGAAACUCGUUCACCUUCGCCUGUCCACCGUGAUAAUAAUGCUUUGGAAUUGCUCUCACAUUUGCGCAAGGGCCAUAUAAGAAGCGUUACAAGUUUGCCCAAACCAAAAACAACAGAAUUGCCCAAGUUACCACCGCAGCGGGAGCCCAAAAAGUUCAGUAGUUCAGAUGAACUAUUGAAGGCGGAUGCGGAUAAAGAUGCAAGCAAAGAGAAAUUACUAACACAACACUUGGGUAAAUGGAAGCACAUAAAAAGUGAUUGGCAUAAACAUUCGAAGCAAUACCAACAAAGAAACAAUGUCAAUUUUCUAAUUUUGCAAGAAUUAUUUCAACCAUAAAAUAAAUCUCUGUUUUUCCAUAUAUGUAGCAUAGUAUAAAAAUAUUGAAUGGAUGAUAGAACUGUAUAAGUAGGUAGCUUUUGACAUGUUAUUGGUACAUUUCAAAUUAGAAUUUCGAACAAUAAAACAGAAACCAAUUGUAGUUUAUGAUACAUUUGGCAGCAGCUCCAAGA